CAACAACAACAGCAACAACAACAGCAACAACAACAGCAACAACAACAACAGCAGCAGCAGCAGCAGCAGUCGCAGCAACAGCAACAAAUGCCAACGAUCAGCAUGUUGCAGGCUUUGGGCCCUAACGAGCGCGUGCAGAUGAAUCAGGUGCAACAGCAUCUCGGUGCCUUGGUUCAAGCGGGGAAGAUGUCGUCGCAGCAGGCCAGGGAUGAGUUUGUGCGACAGCUGAAAGCCGUGGCAGGUGCUACUCAACAGCAACGACAGCCAGUUGGCGCUACUCCACAAAAUGCACAGCUUCCUCCCCCGCAGCAGCAGCAACCACAGCAGUCGUACUCUCAACAACAACAGCAAUCUCAGCAGCAGCCGCAGCAGCAACUCCCUCGAGCGCCGCAAGGUGCAGUGCAGAUGUUCGGUAUCACUUCGGCUGGACCGCAGCAAACGCUUCAGCAACUGGCUCGGUAUCAGGCUCAGCAAGCCCAACAGCAGCAGCAGCAACAACAACAGCAACAGCAAGGCCAACAGGUGAACUUGUCAGGUGUGUCUGGCGCAGCGAGCCAGCAACAACCGGUGCCCACGAUGCCGUCUGGUCAACCGCAACCAGGCUAUCCACAAACGCAGCAGCUGCAACUGCAGCCUCAACAGCAGUCGCAACCUGCGCAUCAGCAUCAGCAGGCGCAACCGCAACCGCAAUUGCAGCAGCCUGAAGCAGAUGCGAAGAAGAAGGGAAAGCCAGGACCUAAGAAGCGAAAGAAUGACGGCGACGAUACGCGCGGUAAAGGCAAGGUUGGACGUCCUGCAAAGGUGAAGGCCGCUGCUCCUGCGCCUACAGCCUUGGAUGCGCCGCCGCCGCAGCAGCAGCAACCGCAACCGCAAAUCCCCACCAACAUGAGUCAGGAACAGCAGCACGUGCUCAAUCUCGUACGCUCUGGACAGCUCACAGAUCCCUCGCAAUUUGCCACUGCGCACGCCAUCUUGCGUACUGGCUUUGCCCCGCCAAACUCUGCCCCAUUGCCAGGAAUGCAGAGCUUGCCGAUCGCAUCAACGCCAGCACCAAUCGCUGCUGCGAUAGUUCCUGCUUCGGGACAUACAGCCGUCGGUACUGCAGAAACUGCUGGCAUGCAGCCUCGAGUUCAUCCAGCGGGCGAUUCGCCCAGCGCGGGCGCAGCUCCGAUCGGUGUCAUGGCCACCCGAGGACUGGCACCCAGUGCGAUGCCUCUUGGCGCUCACAGCGUCGCCCAACUUCCCCCGCCGCCACCACGGCCCACUGUCAAGCAUAAGAUCGAGUACACCCCGGUACGAAGAGACGUACGAAGCUAUGGCGGGUGGGACUUGGAGAUGGUCGAUCGCGAACUCGAAAGUGUCCUGGCCGGGCGAGGAAGGCAGCCGCGGCAGGUUCGAGAACUUGGCACCGUUGACAUUCUCGCGCUGACCAUGUCACUACGCUCCCGACUUGCGCAUGAAGUCAGCUACGCUCUUAAUGCGCUUCAGAUUCUCUCGAACGGAGUCGGCGCACCGCCCCAAUUCGAGUUCCUCUUGACUCCAUGCGAAGAUAUGUUCGACGAGUUGCUUGAUCUGCUCGACGAAGCUGCUUUCGGGGUGGAGGAGGCGCGAGCGGAUUGCGCCGAGAAUGUUGACCACAAUACCGAAGAAAGGCGCCCCAUCAAAGGCCACCUCGAAAUGGUGCGAACUGCGAAAGCGGACGAGUCUGAGAUGCGCGAGUGGCGCCGGCACAGGCGUGCAAGAUCCCUUUCCGAGUCCAAUCAACAUCCCCGAGAAAUUACUCACCGCCUAGACAGGCGCAGAUCUAUGUCAACUACUGUUGAGCCUACCAACAAGGAAGCAGGCGCUGCAAACACCGAGGAAGCGGCUGCAGAAACUGUUUCCCCCUCGAAGGGAAGCUCCUCAGGGCAGCAUCCAGGCGCAAAGCAGGAAGAAGGACAAUGCUUUUGGAACGAAGAGAGAAUUCAUCGAUCAAAAGAGCGAAACGCCACGCUGGCGCUUACUAUCCUCAACAUCAUUCGCAACUUUGCCAUGAUGCCUGGGAACAUUGCGUAUCUCAAUGAGCAGCCACGACUCUUUCAGCUCUGCUCUCGUCUGUCCCGAGCGGGCGAUUGCUUUGAAAUGGAAGACCUUUUCAAUUUGGAGGACGCCCGACCCAAGGAGGACAAGCGCAAAGCAGAGGAUCGCAACGAGACGCCAUUUACCUUUGCAGAGGCAGUCCGGGUACGAAAAGAUGUCCUCGCAAUCAUUGCGUCCAUCGCUGGUGAUCAGAUGAGGCUCAGCGUGAUGUCGAACACAACUGUCCAGUCAUUGUUCGACCUCAUGGUCUCCUUUAUCUUCGAUGCAAGUGUCAUCGAAGAGAUCGAAGGCAACGUGUUCCAAGACGCGCGGCCAGGCCAGGGCACGAUCAAAGUACCUCACCACGCCGACACGGCCUUGGAAGCAUUCUCCAAAAUGGCUCAACCUGAUGUGAAUCGAGAAGUGCUCAGUCGAGUCAUUAACGACAAGGAAAUAUUCCGACUCGGCAUUGAGUUGGUGCACCUGCUCCCCGUGUCGGAUGACAAUUUCGCUAUGUUCAAGACGGAGGCUAGACUGGCCUACACGGAGCGUAUCGUCAUGUCCCUCUUUAACGUAGCCUUCCUCGCAAGUCAGACGGUGAAGAGACAGCUGCGAGACGCUCCUGGCGUAACGCGUGUCAUCUUUCGAGCGAUCAAACGCCUCGCCAUGUCGUCGCAAGGAUUCGAGCGCAAUCCGUUCGAAGUUCUCAUCCGCCGUCUUGUCGAAUCGCUGCGCCUGAUCAACGACAGUCUCGACAUCUUCUCUGCGCCUGAUCUCCUUGGCAUGGGUGUGAUCAGCGACUCGCGAAGCGGCGCUGCCGAGAGCUCCAUCAUGCCGCUCGGCAAAACAUCGCUGAAGCAGGAGCUAGGCGUGCUUGCGGGGCAGGAAGAAGAACUGCUCGAGGUAUUUCACAUCCCAAAUUUGGAAUCAGCGAUCAUUGCAGAGCUCGAUGCCCUUUGCUCGUACUAGAAGAGAAGAGUGUGAUCUAUUGCAUUGUAUUAU